AUGGAGGGAAGCAAUGCUCCUCCAGAUGGAGCGCUGCCAUUCUCCGAUGUUACAGGGCUGUUGGCCGCAGCUGCCAGCGCAGAAAAGCAACAGGCAAUCGUGGCACGCAUCUACGUAGCUCCACCUGCCGAACCGACAUCGUCGUCGUCGUCCUCCAUCGAUCAAUUCGCUCAGCUUUCACUCGUUGCAGCUCGCCUGCGACAGAUCAUUCACGAACACUCGCGCUCCUCGCCCGACCUCGGCAUCGAUCAGUACAUCUGGCACCGCGAGCCGCCAGCCAUCUCGAUCGUCAACCCGCCGGCCUCGUCUCGAGCCUCUACGUCCAAGCAGCCCGCACAGCCAGCGCACAUCCUCUUCCAUCUGCGUACCGAUGGCGAAUGCAUGGAGGACGAAUGGUUCGCCACGCAUCUGCUGCUGCGCGCCUCGAGCGAGCUCGCCGAGCACGCGCUUUGCAUCAGCAUCGAGGACGAGGACGGUCAGUUCCUCCUCAUCGAAGCGGCCGACCAUCUGCCAGACUGGGUCACGCCCGAAGGCGUCGUCAACCGCGUAUGGAUACAUGACGGACAUCUGCAUCUCGUGGCGCCACACCUUGCGCAAAUCUCUGACGAAGCCAUCCCGAUUCCGCGGGCGAUCGAAUUGGUGCGCGACCCGUCCGUGCUCACGACCGCGCCCGACGAUGUCGAAGCGGCAGCCUUGGCGCGUGCGUACGAGUAUCCAUCAACAGCAUCGAGUCACCACCACCGUACACUCGCAUUUCUACCGCGCCAAGUCGCACAGGCGCUCGAGGCGGAGCCACAGCUUAUAGCCAGCUGCGUUGCCGCCAUCCAGUCGCGCGACCCGCUCAGCUCUCGCUCGGCAUCUCGUCUCGUCCGCUUCCCACCGCCCACCCAACCCACAUCCUCUAGCAGCACCGCAACAGCCUCUCAGCAGGAUCAAUCAAGCCCGAAUGACAUUGUGUUGACGCGCGUCCGCAUGACUCGCCAUCUGUACGCACAGCUGCUGCACGACCGCUUCUUCCCUCCGCGCCAGCUUGGGCCGCAAUGGCAAGCCGCUGUCGAGCGCUUUCGUAUGCAUGUCCACUCUCGCAGCUCUGCCCAGAGCGGGCCAAAGAUUCAGGACGAGCAGCAAGUGCAGGCCGAAAUCGCACACGGCCGUUGGCAUGAUCUGGGCGCCAAGAUCUGGUGCGGUCUCGAAAUGGCGUUUGCCGAAUCCUCUACCCGCCGAACUCGCUCCGGCGGCCGUUCUAUAGAUCCACAGGUGGCCAUUUCGGAGGCAGAGCGUCAAAAGCUGCUUGCCAGCCUCGAAAGGAUCGGCUUCUUUCAGGGCGAACUGCAGGGCAGUGCCAAGUGGAAGCAGCUCGAGGCACAGGCACUCGUGCAGUACGUCCAGACCUCGACUACCAACGUCAAUCCCGAACAGACUCCGCUCUGCGAAACAGUCGACCUUAUACUUUCGACCUCAUCCGUGCCGGCCAUCCAGUCGUAUCCCCCCGAAGCGGCGCUAGAUGAGCUGCGGCGGCACGAGGACGACGAUGCAUGGCUACAUCUCUCACCCGGCGAGGUCGAGUCGAUCCUUGCUGCUAAAUCUGGCCCGAACCAGGAAGCGCCACGGGCUGUUGAUGAAGACGACGCCUUUCAACGGCUGGGUGCCUUCAACACCAAGAUGGCUGCGUUCCUCGAGACCAAGUCCGACGUGCGCGGUGCGGUGUUCGAAGACGAAGCCGAGGCCAUGCUCGACGACGACGAGCUCUUGUUCGAGGACGAAGACGAAGAGGAGCAGGAGCGGCGCAUUCGCGUCCAAGUCUCGCAGCGUCUCGAGCGCGAUGGCGAGGAAGAAAAACGAAAGAUGCUCGAGCGUCUGCUUCCGCGCAUGUCUGAUACCGAGUGGUUGCGUCCCACCUGCUCCUCGACUGCAAAGGGCAAUGCAGGAUUCGUCGACUCGAUCGAUGCGCUUUCCGCCUCUCGCGCGCCCCCGCCGGUCGCGGGGGAAGCAACAGUGGUCGUUGGCAACCACCUCAGUGCGGCCGAGGGAGAGCUUCGACGCAGGUUGGCGUCGCAGUACAUGCGCGACACCUCGGCACUGCUCUCUAGCCAGGGUCACGAGCACAUCGACGGAGCGGACGAGUCGGACGGGGAGAUCGAAGAGGAAGUCGAGCCCGAGGUGCGACGCCAGCGUGCGCAGGAGUACGACUUGGAUCCCGACGUGCCCGACCUGCCCGAGUCGGAUGUGCAGGAUGGACCUGAGGCGUGGGACGAGGAGACAGAGGUAGCCAACAUGCUCGAAUUCGCGCGCAUCAGCCUUGGCCUCUCAAAGGAGCAGUACGAAGAGAUCCUCAGCGACCGCAAGCAGAGGGGCAAAUUCGUACCGUUCCAAUCGAGCGCAGCCAAGACAUCAGCGCCACAGACGCCAAAGCCGGCCAAGGCGGCAAAGGCGGCAAGAGUCGACGAGGUGGAAAUGCAGGAGCAAGUACAAGACGUGGAGAUGUCUAAGUUUGAAGAUGUUAUGGCAGCCAUGGAUCGUCGACUCAACAGUCUCAAAACCACCUCUGCCAGCCGCACCACUCCACAGACUCAGGAGGGUGCCUCCAAGCCGGACGAUGUGGACGCAGAACUACUUUCGCACCUGCUGACGUCCGAAGGCGACCUGCCAGCAUCCUUGGAGUCGCUCCUUGGCCGUGGAGACGCGGUGGAGGCGGAACAGCUCGCCUCGUUCCUGCGCUCGUUCCAGGCCCAGUCGGGUGCGGCUGCCACCGGGCCCGUCCAGCAGCUCAUGCAGAGGUUCGGCCUAGGAUCGCUCCCCGCCGACCAGGACUGCUAA